GGCAACAGAUAUCAUUCACUUCCGGGGCGUCUUGUAGUCGUAUAAAAAAAAAUAAACAAACAAACCACGGAAAAUCCUCCCAAAAUUACAUAUUUGCCUUUAAUACACAUUUGCGAUAUAUUAAUUGAAUCUAUGUAGCAUAAGAGCAUUUGGAGUCUGUCUGAGGCCUUGUAGCAAAACAAACCGCUCUCAGGAAGCGAGUGAGAUUUAUGAACGUUUUUUUGAUCCGAUUCUGGCUCAUCUCCGCCGGAAAAUGGACACGGAUUCGUUCAAUUAUGUUUAUAGCUGCGAUCUGGACAUCAAUGUGCAUCUCAAAAUAGGGAGUUUGGAAGGCAAGCGUGAGCAGAAGAGCUACAAAGCCCUGCUGGAGGAUCCCAUGCUGCGCUUUUCAGGUCUCUACCAGGAGCACUGUUCAGAUCUGUACGUCACCUGCCAAGUGUUUGCCGAAGGGAAGCCUCUGGCCCUGCCGGUUCGCACCUCCUACAAGGCCUUCAGCACGCGGUGGAAUUGGAAUGAGUGGCUGCGACUGCCGCUCAAGUACCCGGACUUGCCCCAGAGCGCCCAAGUGGCCCUCACGGUGUGGGACAUCUACGGCCCCGGUCGGGCCGUCCCCAUCGGGGGUACCACGGUCACCCUGUUUGGCAAACACGGAAUGUUCAGACAAGGAAUGCACGACCUCAAGGUUUGGCCAGGUGUGGAGGGCGACGGCGCAGAGGCCACCGCCACGCCGGGACGCACCAGCAACAGUCUGACCGAGGACCAGAUGGGCAGACUAGCCAAGCUGACCAAGGCCCAUCGGCAGGGCCACAUGGUGAAGGUGGACUGGCUGGACCGCUUGACCUUCAGGGAGAUCGAGAUGAUCAACGAGAGCGAGAAGCGCAGCUCCAAUUUCAUGUACCUAAUGGUGGAGUUUCCCCGAGUGAAAAUGAACGACAGAGAAUACAGCAUUGUCUACUAUGAAAAGGAUGGAGACGAUCCAGCAACUGUUCUCCCCAGCAGUGAAAUCGUCAAAGUUCCCGACCCGCAGAUGGGGAUGGAGAAUCUGGUGGAGAGCAAGCAUCACAAACUGGCCCGUAGCCUGCGCAGCGGGCCGUCCGACCACGACCUGAAGCCCAACGCGGCGACGCGGGACCAGCUCAAUAUCAUCGUGAGCUACCCUCCGACCAAGCAGCUGAGCUCAGAAGAGGAGGACCUGGUGUGGAAGUUCCGAUACUAUCUCACCACUCAGGAAAAAGCGCUGACAAAGUUCCUCAAGUGCGUCAACUGGGAUCUUCCCCAGGAGGCCAAACAAGCCCUGGAGCUGCUGGGUAAGUGGAGGCCCAUGGAUGUGGAGGACUCCCUGGAGCUGCUGUCUUCACAGUUCGCCAACCCGUCGGUGCGACGCUACGCCGUGGCGCGGCUGCGGCAGGCGGACGACGAGGACCUGCUCAUGUAUCUUCUCCAGCUGGUCCAGGCGCUCAAGUAUGAGAACUUCAGCGAUAUCCAAGGAGGCCUGGAGCCGGGCAGCAAGAGAGACAGCCAGGGGCUUUCAGAUGAUUCCGCACUGGACAGUUCGCAGAUCCUGGCGGUCGCAUCUGGAGCCCUCGCCGCCCAGCAGAAAGGCAAAGAAGGAGCAGAUGGCGACAGUAUCGAGCAAGACCUGUGUACAUUUCUCAUCUCACGCGCUUGCAAGAACUCGACACUGGCCAACUACUUGUACUGGUACGUGAUCGUGGAGUGCGAGGACCAGGACACACAGCAGAGGGACCCCAAGACCCACGAGAUGUACCUCAACGUCAUGAGGAGGUUCAGCCAGGCUCUGCUUAAGGGCGAUAAGAGCGUGAGGGUGAUGCGCUCGCUGCUCGCCACCCAGCAGACCUUCGUGGACCGCCUCGUGCAGUUGAUGAAGGCCGUGCAGAGGGAGAGCGGCAAUCGCAAGAAGAAGACGGAGCGGCUGCAGGCGCUCCUGGCCGACAACGAGAAGGUGUACCUCUCGGAAAUCGAGCCCAUCCCGCUGCCGCUGGAGCCUCAGAUCCGGAUCCGAGGCAUCGUCCCCGAGACGGCGACGCUCUUCAAGAGCGCGCUGAUGCCCGCCAAACUGAUCUUCAAAACGGAGGACGGCACCACCUACCCGGUGAUCUUCAAACAUGGCGACGACCUGAGGCAGGAUCAACUCAUCCUCCAGAUCAUCUCGCUCAUGGAUAAAUUGUUAAGGAAAGAGAACCUGGACCUGAAGCUGACACCUUACAAAGUCUUAGCCACCAGCACCAAGCACGGUUUCAUGCAGUUUGUCCAGUCGGUCCCGGUUGCCGAAGUCCUGGCGACUGAAGGCAACAUUCAGAGCUUCUUCAGGAAGCACGCGCCGAAUGAGAAGGGGCCGUACGGCAUCAGCUCCGAAGUGAUGGACACCUACGUGAAGAGCUGCGCUGGUUACUGCGUCAUCACUUACAUCCUGGGUGUAGGAGACCGACAUCUGGACAAUCUGCUCCUGACCAAGACUGGGAAACUCUUCCAUAUCGACUUUGGCUACAUCCUGGGCCGCGAUCCCAAGCCGCUUCCGCCGCCCAUGAAGCUGAGCAAGGAGAUGGUGGAGGGGAUGGGGGGCAUGCAGAGCGAGCAGUACCAGGAAUUCCGGAAGCAGUGCUACACGGCAUUCCUGCACCUCCGCAGGUACUCCAACCUGAUCCUCAAUCUCUUCUCCCUGAUGGUGGACGCCAAUAUUCCCGACAUCGCCCUGGAGCCGGACAAGACGGUCAAGAAGGUGCAAGACAAGUUCAGGCUGGACCUGUCAGACGAGGAGGCCGUCCAUUACAUGCAAAGUCUAAUCGACGAGAGCGUUGGUGCCCUGUUCGCCGCCGUGGUCGAACAGAUUCACAAGUUUGCUCAAUACUGGCGUCGGUGAGCGGUGCAAUGAGGCCGAACCUGAUGGACCCGAAGAGAAAGAAACCACAGGAAAAAAAAAAGGAAAAAAGGCCGCAAAUGGACUGCAAGAUUGCUGCAGAUGAGAUUUUUUUUUUCUUUUUUUUAAUCCUUGUAAAUAUUAUGGUGUGUUGUAAUGAAUGGAUUAAAUGAAUUAGCGUCCGUUUCAUAUAAUCUGGUAGAAUUCUUGAAAGCAAACACAAAGGCCCCGGGAAAACAUUUUUCCUUUUAUGAAAUUCAAAUGAAACAGUCAAGCAUUUCAGAAAUCCAUUGUUAAGCAAAACAUAAUGAUAAAUUAAUGACGGGUAUUGUUCAGUUGUGUUGAAAAAAUAUGUUUCACACAUUUUGCCAGGGUGAACGAACACAACUCUUCAUCUUGUCGUCAUAUGUGGCGCUCGCUGUCCGAACCCUCGAAUGAAAGUGUACAGCUUUUUCUUAACCGCUAGAUGGCGACAUUUAUAAACUGGGAGCCCUCCCUCCCCCAUUCUUCCCAAUGCCAAUUGAUAAUGCCCACAUAAUAUACGAAAAUUUUGCUGACAUGCAUAUGAGUUAUGAUCCGUUAUCCAUGAAAAUGUCAUAAUUGUUUUGAAGAAAAGAAUGUUCUGAAGUCAUGUUUUUCAAACUUUGAAAACGAAAAUGUAUUUUCAAAGUGAAGGAGUUUUCUGCAAAUGCCGAUGACGUAACGAUAUCCAGUACUGCAUUUUUCUCCCGAUGCUUAAUAUUGUUUUCAGUGAAAAUGAACACAAGUGUGUUCUUGGCUUUCUUUUCCUGGUUGUUUGUCUUUCAAACUGUCUCUGCCGUUACUGCCACACUCAUCAUGUUGUUGCAAUACACAAGAGGGAUCUGUGCUCUGAAGUGCAUUUUGGAUGCACUCAAUACCAGACAGCAAAAUAAAAUUUCUGAGAUAUGAA